AUGGUAUCAGAGCAGGAAAACUUUGAAGAUCAAGAAGUUGAAGAUAAAGAAGAAGCGUUCAACAAUAGUUCUUCGUCGUCAACCGAUUAUUCACAAACUGGAGAUAUAGAAGAAACGGCUAACGAUAGUUCUUCAUCGUCGACUGAUUAUUCGCUAACCGAUCAAAUGGCUGGCAAGAAGCGAUAUGAUGAUGAUCCAUUGAUGAUUCAGAACUAUAAUCUCGGUAUUAGGUUAGCUCUUGAAGCAAAAUCAAAACUAGGAUUUAUUGAUGGUACACUGGUUGUUCCAAAAGAUGCUGAAGAUUUUGAUAGAUGGAAAAAGAUGGACUGCUUGGUAAGAUUUUGGAUUUUAAAUACAAUAUCAGACAAAAUCAAGGCAAAUUACUCUUCAACCACAACAGCAAAAGAUCUAUGGAUAGACAUCAAAGAAAGAUACCAAGAGAGCAAUGGACCACAAUCAUUUCAGAUUCAAAGGGCUAUAAGCAACCUCAGACAAGGUACACUUAGUCUUGAAAAAUAUUUUUCUAAACUUAAAAAGUUAUGGGAUGAGUUGUUAGUACUAGAACCAUUGCCUUCUUGUGACUGUGAUCCAAAAACAAUUUGCUGUUGUAGAAUGACCAAGUUAGUAAUACAACUUGAUACUGCAAAUAAACUUACUCAGUUUUUAAUGGGAUUAAAUGAGUAUUACGAUAAUGCUAGACAACAAAUAUUACUAAUGGAUCCUAAACCUAGCAUAAAUAGGGCAUAUGCGAUGUUGCAGAGUAUAGAAAGACAGAGAGAAGUCCAAUCUUUGAUCAAUGAUCACAGUGAAAAUUUUGCUAUGACAAUGAAAGAUAACUCUGAACAGCAGAAAUGGGAAAAUGUAGCAAGAAACACAAGAAGUAGAGGAGGUAAUAACAAGACAUACAAAGCUUCAAGAUGA